AUGGCUCUUCUCUCCUCCAAGACACUCAUUCAGGCGCACGCCCUGUUUCUGUUUGUUCUGGCCGUGUACCUGACCAGAUCUCCAAGCACAGUCACCGAAUCAGACGUUGUCUUCAUGAUAGGAGAAGUCCUACAGAUCGAUGCAGCCCCGUCCUUUUCCCGUCCUCAAUCCCCCUUUGCGCUAUGCGGCAUCCUCCUCAUCGCCGACGCCCUCGUCGAUCUGAUCAUCGUCGCAAAAAUCCCGCGGGUCAACGAGCUCGUCGCCAUGGCCCAAGCGGCCAGGAGCCAAUCUGCCACACCCAUGUCCAGCGCGAUGCAAAACCCCUUCGCCGCGCGCCUCGCCGCACUCUACUCGGAGAUCUGGACUUUGCUUUCGGCAGCCCGGUUCUGUCUGUUCUUUGCUGUCUCAUUUUUCAUCUACCAGAGUAAACCUGAUGCUUGGGGGGUGGGUACCGCGCGCAGGACAGGCGGGUAUGGCUCGGUAGAGGCGACAUCGGGCUUGGACCAGCUGAAGAAUAGGGUUGUAUUUACGUAUGGUUUUAUGGAGAUGAUGUUCUGGCUCUGGAUUUUCAUCACUCUCCGCGAAGAGCGGCAGGAGAUAGCUGCUCGCUUCGUGGAACGAGAAGAAUAG